CCACGUAUGCGGCCGUGUCUGUGAAACCGCCGCUGCUGUGCGGUCAUUAAAGUUGUGUAUUCCCCUGGUGGAAGCGCGUGCAUUAAUUUCCAGGCGGUGGACCUGCCUCUUCAUCAGCCCAAUGAGCGCGUGAAGGGGAGGCUCCCCGCGCCAAACACUUCACAUCUCCUCACGCUCACAUUCAGUGGACUAGCAAAGCGGGGCUUGGAUCAGCUGUGCCAUACAGCCAAUUGUAAAGGAUUCCUAACUGCUUGCUUGCUUUUUUAAAUUUUUUAAUUUUAUUUGUUUUACAUUCAUUUGCUCGAAAGAAAAUGCAUUGAGCGCUGAGCAUUUCUGAAGGGGAUACUUCUAAAGCUUGCUAUGAUACAGACACCUGGAUACGAGCGAGUCAUGCAAGCUGACGAGCAGUCGAAUGGACCGUUCGGCGAGAAGAACACAACCCCUCUGCCGUCCGUGGAAGCUCAGUGUGCCGUGUGAGCGGUCCUCUUCCUCUGACCAUGAACGUUAAGGCCGGCGCCUGAAGUGGAAAGAAGUAACAGUUGUUUCUUUUUUUUUGUGCAUUUUUGUGUCGCAAGCACGCGUCUGAGGGGGAGCUGUUGAUCUUUGGGGAAACGAUGCCCAAACGGUCGGAGGAGAUGCUGGUGGAUUUGUGGACUUCCUUGCUGCUCGUGUGGAUUACAUGUGUUCCUCAUGUUUUCCCGGCUCCCUUCACCAUCCAGUCGAAAAGUUUACAAACCGGAUCUGAGGGCCUCCGUGGGCCCGGCGAAGGACAAAGAAUUCUCAGCCGUGCCAAGAGGGGAUGGGUCUGGAAUCAAAUGUUUGUGCUGGAAGAGUUCUCUGGACCCGACCCAAUCCUAGUUGGCAGGCUCCACACAGAUUUGGACGUGGGCAACAAAAACGUCAAGUACGUGCUGGCGGGCGAGGGCGCGGGGACGAUCUUUGCCAUCAACGAGAGGACGGGGGACAUUCACGCCAUGAAGAGGCUGGACCGCGAGGAGAAGGCCGAAUACACCCUCACAGCGCAGGUCAUCAAUCGGGACACCAACGAGCCCCUGGAGCCCCCCUCGGAGUUCACCAUCAAGGUCCAGGACAUCAACGACAACGCGCCCGAGUUCACCAACGGACCCUACCACGCCACUGUCCCGGAGAUGUCCCAAGUGGGCACGUCGGUCACGAAGGUGACGGCGACGGACGCCGAUGACCCCGUGUACGGGAACAGUGCCAAGCUGGUCUACAGCAUAUUGGAAGGACAGCCCUACUUCUCCAUCGACCCGGACACUGCGGUCAUCAAGGUCGCCCUGCACGAGAUGGACCGGGAAAUGAGGGAAGAAUACCUGGUCGUCAUUCAAGCCAAGGACAUGGGAGGUCACAUGGGAGGGUUGUCGGGGACAACAACCGUCACAGUCACGCUAACAGACGUCAACGAUAACCCACCAAAAUUUUCAAAAAGUCUGUAUGAAUUCACAGUACCGGAAGACCUGGCCAUCGGGAAACCUGGAGGGAGAGUGAAAGCCAAUGACAGGGAUCUGGGAGAGAACGCGCGCUCGACGUACAGCAUCAUCGACGGAAACGAGAGGGAUUUUUUCGAGAUAACCACUGAUCCCCAGACACAGGAAGGAAUCCUUCGGCUGAAGAAGCCCCUGGAUUUCGAGACCAGGAAAUCCUACACUCUGAAAGUGGAGGCGACCAACGUCCGCUUUGACCCGCAGUUCAGCACCACCGGCCCCUUCAAGGACACGGCCACGGUGAAGAUCACGGUGGAGGACUCCGACGAGCCGCCCGUCUUCUCCCAGUCCACCUACCUGCUGCAGGUGCACGAGAACGCCACCGUCAACACCGUCAUUGGGCAGGUGGUUGCCCGUGACCCAGACGCCACCGGGAGCCUCGUUAGGUACUUCAUCGAUCGACACACAGAUCUUGAGAGGCAGUUCAACAUAAAUGUUGAGGACGGGAGGGUUACGCUGGCCAAGCCACUUGACAGAGAGACAGACAUGUGGCACAACAUCACAGUGACAGCCACGGAAGUCAAAAAUCACAGCCAGAUCUCCCGGGCGAUCGUGGCCAUUCAAGUUCUGGAUGUCAACGACAAUGCCCCGGAGUUUGCAACGGAGUACGAGGCCUUCCUGUGUGAAAAUGGAAAACCAGGGCAGGUGAUUCAGACCGUCAGUGCCGUCGACAAGGACGACCCACAAAAUGGACACACUUUUGUCUAUAGCCUGGUGCCAGAAAUGUUGAACAAUCCAAAUUUCACCAUUAAAAACAACAGAGACAACUCCAUCAGCAUCCUGGCCAAGCACGACUCCUUCCGGAGGCAGAAGCAGGAGAUGUACUUCCUGCCCAUCGUCGUCACGGACAACGGGAACCCUCCCAUGAGCAGCACCAACACCCUGACCAUCCAGGUGUGCGGCUGUAGCAAGGAGGGCGUCGUCCAGUCCUGCAACGUGGAGGCCUACGUCCUGCCGAUUGGACUCAGCAUGGGUGCCCUGAUUGCUAUUCUGGCCUGUAUAAUCUUACUCUUAGUCAUCGUCGUGCUGUUUGUGACGCUGCGGAGGCACAAAAAUGAGCCGCUGAUAAUCAAGGAUGACGAGGACGUGCGGGAGAACAUCAUCCGCUACGACGACGAGGGUGGCGGCGAGGAGGACACGGAGGCCUUUGACAUCGCCACGCUGCAGAACCCCGACGGGAUCAACGGCUUCCUGCCGCGCAAGGACAUCAAGCCCGACCUGCAGUUCAUGCCGCGGCAGGGCCAGAACUCGGGCCCCAACGGUGUGGACGUGGACGAGUUCAUCAAUGUGCGACUCCACGAGGCAGACAACGACCCCACGGCGCCCCCCUACGACUCCAUCCAGAUCUACGGCUACGAGGGGCGGGGCUCCGUCGCCGGCUCGCUCAGCUCCCUGGAGACAGCGUCCUCGGAGUCGGACCAGAACUUCGACUACCUCAGAGAGUGGGGCCCACGUUUCAGAAGACUGGGGGAGCUGUACUCAGUGGGCGAGAGCGACAAGGAAACCUGACCACGGAUUUAAAGGGACCCCUUUCGAUAUCGUCCGCAUACUUGUGUAUUACGCUAGGGUUGCCAGAUGUUAGAGACAGCUGUUUAAAAAAAGGGAAGAAACCUAUUUUUUAAAAAAAAAUUCUUAGAGGAAAGCAUAGCGUUCGUCAUCUUACUGCAUCAAACGCAUUGUAAUGUUGAGCCAAACUAAACAAUGUCUAUAUUAGGAGGUCUAUGAUACUUGUGGAGUGUGCAUUAGAAUCUGUCGAGUGUCUAGCAGUGUUUGAGGUAUUUUGUCGUUCACUGUGACCACCAGAAGCAUCAAGACCUGGAUUCUCGGUAGUCGCGCGAAGAGAGCCAAGAUGGAGGAUACGUCGAACACAACACCACUCGUUGGGGCUGCGUGGGCAUCGGGGGCUGCGGUCAGGAGUAGUCUUGGUUUUCAACCGUUUACCUGUCGCCCAGCCAAUCAGGAACAAAAUACUAAACAAAAAUGAUCAACUAAACCAACGUGAAAAAGCAAUAUAUGGUUUUCAUUAAAGUGUUGAAUGUACGUAUGAAAACAAAAAGACAAAAACCAUCGACCAUUGGCUUUAAGAAGCGUUAGUUACGAUACUCUUUGAUACCCGGUGGCUACAUUUAUUAUAUAAACCGGAGGAGCCUAUUGGCCUGCUUUGUACAACUCUUUAUAUUCACCUGUUCUAAGUGUGGUACGCACUCAAAGAUAAUUAGCCUAUAACAGACUAUAGAGAUGUAAAAGACAAUUCUAGGUAAUAACGAGGCCUUUUUACAAAAGUAAGCAUCGAAUACAGUUGUACUCUGUGUCUUUUCUUAUACGAUCAUGCUGUUUCUUCAUUGUAGUUAGUAUAAUUUUUAUAAUGUCACUGGCUGGUUUUGUGCAACAGGUAUGAAAUGGGUGUGAUUUGAUUAUCUUGAUUAAUUUUGCAAAUUUCUUUUUCAAUUAAUUUAUUUUUUUCACCAGACAAGCUGAUAUACUGAAUCUAAAUCGGAUGUCCUGAAGAUGUAAUGAAUACUGUCAUGCAGAAAAGUGAAGCUUUAUUAAAUUAUGAAAAAUAAGUCUCUUUUAAGUGACGAGGGGGUAGAGGUGUUCGGUAUUUAACCACACAUACACUGUGUAUAUAUUUCUCGAAUGAUCAUUGAAGCACAACAGCUGGAAGAUUCAAAUCUGUGUGUAUACAGGACCGCUGGACAUGCAAGUAAACACAAUUAUAAAGCUGGUAAUCUUAACCCAUGAAAAAAAAUACAGAUACAAACCUUGCUUAUUGUGCUAUACAGUGUAAUAUUAGACAAAAUACAUGUACAUAGGAUUAAUGCUAACUUUCUUAGCUUUUCUUUUAGGCAUUAGGUUUGUCUAUGCACGUAGGCUAUUGCACAUGAGAAUCUGAACAGGCACUUCAGCUGCGUGCAUACUCAAUUUGUACUGAUACCGUAUAUGGCAGUUCUCCGUAGACUCAACGGUAUAUAUAAGAUAGUCUUAUCCGCAAUUCAUAUUUUCUACCGUGCUUUUGACGCUUAUAAACUUAUGUAUGUUUCAUUAUUUACUCUAUGUAUUGUACUCAAAGAUA